ACCCCACGUGCGCCCACGGUCACUGCAACCAGAAGUUAGGGGGUAACUUUUGACCUCUGCUCAACAAGUGCCUCAGCUGGGCCCUUUUACGACAGGGACACAUUUUCCGGUACAACACCGGAAGUAGCGCGCGCUCAGACGCAGGAGAGAAGCGGACACGGUGAGAAACAACGCUGUCUUUUUCAGAAGCAUCUUUAAAAACGCAAACGACGCCAUAGCUGUUCUAAAACGCCCAAACAAAGACUCUGCGCCGGAAGUGAACUUCGAAACGGGCCACGGUGAGCGUCGCCUCCACAGUAUUAUGGCUGGUUGCGCCGCUAAGACGGUAUACGAAAUCUUCCAGAGCAUGGAGUACGGCCCAACAGCAGCUCCCAGCGCCGCCACGGCUCAGGCCUGGCUGGAGCAUCAUUCUCGUUCUCUUGGGCUCUUCAUCGAUGGAGCGUUCGUCUCCCCUGCUGGCAGACGGAGCUGCCCUCUGACUGAUCCUAAAGGUAGUGUGGUCUGCAGCAUCGUAUGCUCUGAGGACGAGGACGUCUCCCGGUGUUCCUCCUCUGCCGUUAGCGGCUACAAGAGCUGGAGCAGCCUGACCUGCUCCCAGAGAUCCCGAGUGCUGCUCAGGUUGGUGAGCGUCCUCGGGCUCCACGGUCAGUGUGUGUCAGAGCUGUGUGAUCUGUGUGGGGCCGCCUGCUCGCCAACAGCUCUGGUCAGACUUCUGCAGUUCUACAGCAGCUGGGCUCAGCUCAGAGACGCGCUCCUCUGCGACUGGACUCCAGUCGGUGUCGUCGUAGUCGUGACUUCUGAUGACAGCUCUCUGUACUCCCUCAUGCUCAAAGUCCUGCCAGCGUUGGCCAUGGGAAACUCCGUGAUCGCUGUUCCCGGUCGGAGCGCCGCCCCUCCAGCUCUCCUUUUGGCUCAGCUUUUGGCAGCAGGAGGACUUCCUGCUGGAGCUCUUAAUGUUUUAACAGGAAGUGAUGUCACUCUUGGUGCUAAAGUGGCUCAGGACCCUAAUGCCAGCUUCGUGACUUACAGCGGGAACCAACAGGAUGGCGCGGCGCUGUGCAAGGCCACAGCAGGGAUGGGACUUCCUGUGUCUGUCUCCUUGUGCAUCGGGCCCGUCUGUCCCUUCAUCAUCUUUGAGUCAGCUGACAUGGACAGCGCUGUGGAUGAAGUGGUGCAGGCCGCCUUCAAGAAGAGGAAGGAGGUCCACUGGGUGCUGUGUGUGCAGGAAAGUGUGUCAGAAAGUGUCACCGCCCGUCUCAAGCUACGCAUCGCUGGACUGAAGUGUGUCAGUCUGCGUAGUGAUGCAGACCGAGUCCUCGUGGACGCUGCAGUAGAGGAGGCUCAGCAGCAGGGGGCCACGUUGGUUCAGUCCUGCCCACCCCCUCCUGGCUCCCAGUACCCCCCCACGCUGCUCUGUGGUGCGGCCCCCUCCUCUCCGUUCGUGGUCAGCCCCCCCCCUGGACCGCUGCUGCCCGUCGUGACUUUCAGGAGCAACGCCGAGGCUGUGGUCAUCGGAAACCACAGCCCUCACGGCCACGCGGCGUCCAUCUGGACCGAAGAUCUGACUCUGGCUCUGGAGACGGCACACAGUCUGUCGGUUGGCUCUGUGUGGGUGAACUCCAGCUCUGUGGUGGAUCCCUGUCUUCCUGUCUCUGGUCACAAAGACAGCGGCACCUGCACUGAUGGAGGACAGGAGGGCCUUUACCAGUUUCUGCGUCCGUCUGGUUCUACUCCUCUUCCUCGCUCCGCUCCGGGUCUCAUGGACUACACGCGGUUUGGGACAGAACCGUCGCAGGCUUUCAUUCCUGAAUCGUCUGAGCCUGGAAGUUCUCCUCAGUCCUACCUGCAGUUUGUUGGUGGAAAAGCCUGUAAAUCAGUGUCAGGCUGCACCAUGGCUGUGCGGGCACCAGGGGGCAGCGCGGUGCUGGCCUUGUGUCCUGAUGGAGGCAGGAAGGAUGUUCGAGAUGCUGUGGAGGCUGCUGUUAAGGUCCAGCCCGGCUGGAAGAAGAAGAGUCCUUCUGCACGUGCUCAGUCGCUCUACUCUCUGGCUAAAGGCCUCGAAGCCAAGAGGCUGGAGUUGGCCGCGUCGCUCGUCUCUCAGACUGGUGUCUCAGUGGACGAGGCUGGACAGGAAGUGGAUCUGAGCAUCACCAGGCUCAGUGUUUGGGCAGCUUACUGUGACAAAAUGCAGGGAGGAUCUCUGCCCAUGCCACAGUCCGGCACCGCUCUCGCCAUCCCUGAAGCUCUGGGAGUUGUUGGGAUCAUCCUUCCUGACAAGCGUCCCCUGCUCUCCAUGGUAACGCUUCUUGGGGCAGCCAUUGCCACUGGUAACGCCGUCAUCAUGGUCCCCAGUCAGAAGCAUCCACUGCCAGCUUUGGCUUUCAUCCAAGUGCUCCAGUCAUCAGACCUACCCGCAGGUGUGGUGAACAUCAUUACAGGAAGUCCAGACCAGCUGACGGUAGCUCUAGCCAACCACAGCGUCAUCAAGGCCAUCUGGUACUGGGGCAGCGCCCAGGGCCGUCAGUACCUCCAGCACACCUGUGCCAGCCCAGUGAAGUCCCUGCGGCUCUUCCAUCAGGACCAGGAGGGCAACGAUGGAGGACCGGACUGGACUCGGUCUCAGCCGUCUCUGCUGCAAGACCUCUGGAGAAAUGCUGUCCAGUGGAAAAGUGUGUGGAUUCCCAGUGCGUGAAACGACAAACGGUCAAACGUUAAAUGUCUUUGACCAAAAAUGCAACCAAUCAUUUCAACUGAAUUUACGAUGAACGACGUGCUUCCAGCUGUCCAAAUGAAGGUUAAUAUAAUGAAAAAAGCUAUUGGAUCUAAUGUUAUUAUUUGGGACUUUAAUGGUCACGGCACUGGUAGGUGGAGCUGGUGACCGACGUAUGAGGACCAGGGUCUUUUUCUUCUCGGUGCCAGGUGCAUCUCCAACACAGAACCACGAGUGUGACACAAGCGCAGCAGGAGAAGGGAAACCUAACCCCAGCAGUGGGGUUGGUUUUUACCAGCUCAGACGCUGAAGCCACUUCCCUUCUCAUUUCUCCAGUUUCACAGAAAUCUGGAAAACACGAAGGAAUCCUUUCUGCCUUAACUCCAGCGUCAUUCUGCUUGUUUAGCCAGAAUCCUGCCGGGUGUUUCUGCGGGUUUCUACUUCUACGUUGGCUCAUGUUGCUUCUGUUUACUUUGUUGAAACUGGAGUCGGUGCUUCCUCUGACUGGAGGGUCGUUUU